AGGCCAGCAACGCGAUUUUUUUAUUGGCACUGCGGCUAAGGCCGUAACGCCAACCUGAACGCUACAACCACGUACUUUGUAAACCAUUACUUUGACCACCACACCGGGCUCGCCGUUAAAGAUGACAUCAUGGGGAAAUCAAGUUUUGUCCCUACUAACCACCCCAGGUGCUGAUCAGAGCGGUAUCGCGGUCGCAGCAAACGGAGAACCAGGUCGGAAUGUGUCUGAUUUGGAUGUCGAGCUGCCAUGGCCGCCUUCUGGUGAAGUCUUGGGUUUUAUCGGUUGUAUGGUGGCGGCUGUCUUUUAUGGGAGUCAGUUCGUCCCCGUGAAGAAAGUGGAGACAGGAGAUGGCGUGUUCUUCCAGUGGGUGAAUUGUCUGGCGAUCUGGCUGGUGGGAUUCCUGGGGGACCAGCUUCUCCACUCCCCCGCCGUGCACCCCUUCACCAUGCUGGGCGGCGCCAUCUGGGCCACAGGUAACAUAACGGCGGUUCCCAUAGUGAAGACUAUUGGCCUGGGCCUGGGUGUUCUGCUGUGGGGAUCCAGUGGACUACUGAUAGGUUGGGCCAGCUCCAGGUUUGGUUGGUUCGGCAUAGGCUCACAGGAUGUGCCCAGACCUCUGCUGAACUACUGUGGUGCCGCCCUCUGCCUGUUCAGCUCAUGCAUGUUCGUCUGCGUAAAGAGUGAUCUACAGCCCUGCAUCAGAACAUCCCCAAUACUGGAGAAUUCACCCCUCCUCACAGACCGGCAGCUGAACUCUGACCUCUUUGACUCCUCGGGCACCUGGCCAGACAACGUGUCCCCCAAGUACAAGCGCCUCCUAGGUUGCUCGCUGGCCAUCCUGGCUGGGAUCUUCUAUGGCUGCUCAUUCGUGCCCGUUCUCUACAUCAAGAACCAGGCCUCCAACAACGCCAGCAUCUUCGUCGGGGCCAGCCUGAACGACAUUGAGUACUGCUUUGCCCAGUACAAUGGGAUCUUCCUGACGAGCACCAUCUACUUCCUGGUGUACUGUGUGGUCAUGAAGAACAGGCCGCGCAUAUAUCCCCGCUCCGUCCUCCCAGCGGUCUUCAGUGGCACCAUCUGGGGAAUAGCUACAUACUCCUGGUUUAUGGCCAACACUUACCUCAACACUGUCAUCACCUUCCCCAUUGUGUCUGCUGGUUAUAGCCUGGUAGCGGCCCUGUGGGGAGGAGUGGUCUUUAAAGAAGUUCGGGGUCUGGCCAACUGCCUUGUAUUUGUGUUGGCUGCUACGAUGGUCUUGACUGGAACUGUGCUGACUGCCCUCUCCAAGAUGUAAGAGCUGCUCUCCUUCAGAUGACCUGUAGAGGGCACUGCAGCCCUGGUUCUUCCUCUGUAACCUCUGGACCUUCUGUGAUGCUACCUCUUCAGCUAUUGCACAAGACCACACCACUUGCAGCCCCAAGUAUUUUGGAAAAAAGAUGAUGUGAAAAGGCUGGACUUCUCAAGUAUCAUAACUGAUCAACCACAGCAAUUGUAAAGAUUGCAGUUGCCAUGGAUUGCUCACAAAAGUGCCUUAACCGAUAGUUACAGACACUUAAGUGUAAUUCUCCCUCCUAAGUGCUCCUCCUUUCAGCAUAGCUGAGAGCUGUUCUGUGUUUCCCAUGUAAAGAGUCCAAUCUGCGCUUGUUUUCUAUCAUAGUGUUUUAAUCAUGUGCAGAGGGUGGUUAGAUUUAAUCCCUUAUUUUAUUCUCUCCCAUGUGAUGAGAUUAGCUGGGCCUGAGUCGGCCCCACAUGCAUGCCGGAUGACUCGUCUGCUACUGUUGACCAAGGCUCUCGCCAUCAGUGUACCCGCCUCAAGCCUGCUGGCGUCGUUGGAAAGUUGAAGGCUGGCGAGACGGAUAAAUUGGCCGGAAGUUAAGGGUUGAGAAGCUGGUGUUUUCUUCCACUUGUGUGAAAUAGAUCAGUUUUCCAUCGCAGAGAUUUGUUGUCGCUGUGUUGAAAUGGUGAUAAAUCCUCUAAAAGAGGAUUAGUGGAAGAAUGCCGACACAGAUGCAGAUUGCCUUCGCCUCUUCACACACACUGGGGUUGAUAAUUGCUUUGGUAAAAGCUGACCUGAAUGGCUGUGUUAAAAUACACAGCCUAAAAUAAUUCAGUCGACACCAGCCCACAGAUAAGCCUUGGCAUCUCAUCAGGCUCGUAGGAAGCCAGAGAGGUAACCUGGUGAAGGGGAAAUUAAUUAAGGCUUUUUUUUUUUUUAAACAUGUCUGAAUCUGUCUAUUAUGAGCUGCAAGGGAAAGGAUCUACACUCUCUACAAGUGAGUGAAUCGUUGGGUAUGUGAAGAAUAUUGGGGAUUUAGGCUGCUAGGGAAUAAACUAAAUAAUAGUCGUAUGGCUGGUAUGAGGAUCAGACAUGAGUCCACUGAGGAUCUUGUAGGAGUAAAACAAUGAGCAGGUCAUGCAGACUCGAUCAUGCAAGGAAUCUGUGUGGUCAGAAGUCAUGGAUGUAUUUACAGUAUUCGGAUUAACGUGAACACAACAAGAGCGCUCAGUCCAUUCAAACAAUAGGAAUUCACUUCAAAUCUGCACCUGUUCCUGAGGGACUAGAGGUGGGGCUGAUUUAGCAGGCAGGGUUUGAUAGUGUGGCAGUACCUGAUGCACGUGUGUUUAAAUUGGGGAUCUUUUACAUUAUGUGUUGGCUUUCAAGUAAGAUUUUAUUUGUGCAUUUUAUGCCAGCCAAGU